GUCCAUUUGUGAUAUCGCUGCAGUGCAAUUUCAAGCUCGCAAAUAUGUUGGUGUCUCUAACAAAACAAGCUCAAGUUGUAAUUUUCUUAUUAGCCAUUUCAACAAUUUCCGAUUGUUAUGGAUAUCAUCAGCAUUCCAAACGGCAAGAAGAAAGUUUAAUCGUUCAAACAACUAAAGGACGCGUGAUCGGAAAAAAUGAUCAAACUGAAACCGGGGUUAAAUAUUUUUCGUUCCAAGGAAUUCCUUAUGCAAAACCACCUUUAAACCAAUUAAGAUUUGAACCCCCUCAAGAAUUUUCUUGGAAUGAUGAACUUUGGAAUGCAACUUACGAAAGAAAUGAAUGCGUGCAAGCUUUCCCCGGGUUUUACAUUCCAAUUAGUGGUCGUGAAGAUUGUCUAUAUUUGAACGUUUACACCAGAUCGAAAUCCAAUAAAAAUUUAAAACCGGUUAUGGUGUGGAUUCACGGGGGAAGUUACGUCUUCGGAAGUGGAAAUAAAAAUUAUUAUAGCCCCGAAUAUUUCUUAGAUAAAGAUAUGGUUGUUGUCAACAUUAACUAUAGGUUAGGAGUUUUUGGCUUUUUAAGCACAGGGGAUGAAAUCAUCCCUGGAAAUAUGGGGCUAAAAGAUACGAUUGUUGCAUUAAAAUGGAUCAAAGAAAACAUUGAAUUUUUCGGGGGAAACCCAUCUGAAGUUACAAUAAUGGGAGAAAGUUCCGGAGCUGAAUCCGUCGGUUAUUUGAUCCAAUCAGAAUCAGCUCAAGGAUUAUUUAAAAGGGGUAUCCUACAAAGUUGGACUCCAAUAAACGGGUUAGUUAGGCCAGAAAAAAUGAGAAAUGCUUUAAAACUUCUCGGGGAAUUUUUCGGGGUUAACGGAAAUAAUCAAGAAAUCAUCAACAAAUUAAAAACGGUCGAUUUUUCUUCACUACAUCUUUACUCGAUCGUUCUUACCGAGAAACUUCGCGCCGAUUUAUUCGAUGAAAGUUUAUUUGGGGCCGUCUUAGAAAAGGAAACUUCAAAAUUAGGGGUUAUAACCCAACCACCAUACGAGCAAGUACAAAAAUGCAAUUUUGAAUCCGUUCCGAUUAUAAUCGGGUUUAAUUCUGAAGAAUCUUUAACUUACGAAGACGUUUUAGACAAUCAAAGAUAUACAUAUAUAAAUUUCGAUGUGAAUCCUGAGACUUUAGUAGCUAAAGAUAUGGAUGUUAAAGGAAGAUGUGACCCGAAAGAAACUGGGAAAAAAAUUAAAGAUCAUUAUGCGGGGAGAGAUGGAAGCUUCGUUAACGAAAAGCAACCGAUUAUUCGGUAUGUGAGCGAUAUUUUAUUUAUGAAAACAGCCGUUGAGUACUCAAAGUUGUAUUCGAAAUGUAACCAAAAUGUUUAUUUAUAUCGAUUUUCUUAUGUCAGAAACAAAACUGCUACAGGUGCUGGCCAUACGGAUGAAUUAAGAUAUUUAUUCCCAACGUAUCCUUUAGUUACAAUAAGAGAACCUCUAACAGUUGAGGAACAAAAAGUUUCUAAAAACAUCGUUUCUUUAUGGAGUAAUUUUAUGAAAACUGGAAAUCCAACUCCAACACAAAGCGAAUUUAACAUAAAUUGGAAUAAAAGCACCGCAAAAAAUCAACAUGAAUAUUUAGACAUCGACAUUGAACUUGCUAAAAAUAACUUGAACGGUGCACCAUUUAAAAACGACUUCGAUUUGUGGGAGAAUCUUUAUAAAACUUGUGGAAAAGUAAAAGGAAUUUAAUUCCAGUUCAUUUUAUAUUAAUAAAUAAAUAUUUUAAUCUUAA